AUGCAGCGUGGCAACAUUGGAAGUGUUAUAAUUGCGGGCGCUGGUCCUGUAGGGCUUCUCACGGCGUUGUUUCUUGGUCAGAGGGGCAUCCCUGUGGACGUGGUCGAGGCAGCGACUGAAGUCAACGAUGCACCGCGAGGCCUUGCUUAUGGCCCCGCAGCAGUCAGCGUUUUAGCUCGAGCCGGAAUACUUGAAAAUGUGAUUGAGCGAGGUUUCAUCCCGGCCGACGUAUCCUGGAGAAAGCCGAGCGGCGAAUGGCUGGUAGGGCUAGAGAGGCUGAACAAUAUGGUGGAUGGGUUACCAAACACUGUGAUCUUGCCCGUCGGAGCUCUGUCAACUCUUCUUGUUGAGGAAGUUCAGAAAUACUCAAGCGUUACGAUACACUGGGGUCACCGAGUCUUGGUCGCAAGCCAAACUGAGGAGAAAGCAUGGGUGGAGGUAGAGGAGCAAAAAUCGAAAGCCACGAGGAGAAUGGAAGCCGACUUUGUGAUUGGCUGUGAUGGUGCGAGCAGUGCUGUGAGAAAAUCUAUCUCUGGCUCAAAUUUCCCUGGAUGGACCUGGCCAAACCAGCUUGUUGCGGUGAAUGCACGAAUGAACUUUGACAAGUUGAACUUUUCGGAUGUUCAAUGGGUUGUAGACCCGGAGAAUUGGUUCGUGAUUGCUAAGAUCGACAAAGGAGGGCUGUGGCGCAUAGUCUACGGUGAGCCAGCAGGUUUGUCAGUUGAAGAAAUCAAAAGUCGUCUGCCUGACAGACUCCGCACGACGUUCCCUGGGAAUCCAGAGCCAAGCGAAUACCAAGUCACCAAUGUGACACCGUAUGUCUGCCAUCAGAGAUGUGCCGAGAAGAUGCGAGACAACAGGAUAUUACUGGCAGGAGAUGCCGCUCAUUUAAACAAUCCAAUGGGCGGGCUUGGUCUCACAACCGGUGUUUGUGAUGUAGGCAGCCUUGUCGACUGCCUCUACGGCAUUGACAGCGGAGAGGCAACCUUGGAUAUUCUCAAUAAAUACGAUGAGAUCCGCCGCCAAAUCUUCGACAGAGUCGUAGACACAAUGUCAACGGCGAAUUUCAAACGGAUUAUGCAGGGUGCGGCUGAAUUCCAGGAGAGCGACCUAUCCUACAAGAUGAUAAUGGCCGCGAGGACUGAUAUCAGCAUUACCACUGCAAUGAGAAAGCAUGACAUGAGCAUUGGGUGUGAUAUGACGCAGUUCUACAAUAAGCAUUAG